CAAUCAAUCAAUCAAGGGGAGGCUGGCGGGAGCAUGCUUGUGACCACUCAGGGCGACACAGACCCUAACCACAAGCCAGACCCCACCGUCCCGCCCGCCGCCCUUCUAAGAGCGCAGCUUCCGGAGCAACGCCGCUGACCCCCGCCCCCAGGGUCUUGGCGCCGAUUGGCCAGCGAUAACGCGGGGCGGAACCAAAUCUUAAAGGAUCCGGGAGCUAAGCUAGACCCGGGUGGUGGUGGCAGCUGCGAAACCCAGGGAGCCGAUGCCACGUGACCCAAUGUGGGCUUUUUUUAAACCUUUCUAAUGUCCAUAACCCAGCCUCAGGCCCAUGGAGCCCAUGAGAGACUGCCCGCUGUUCGGGGGCGCCUUUUCCGCCAUCCUCCCCACGGGGGCCAUUGACGUAAGCGACCUCCGACCGGUCCCCGACAAUCAAGAAGUUUUCUGCCAUCCCGUCACGGACCAGAGCCUGAUCGUGGAACUUCUCGAGCUGCAGGCCCACGUGCAUGGCGAAGCGGCUGCGCGGUACCACUUUGAGGAUGUUGGUGGCGUGCAGGGGGCUAGGGCUGUCCACGUGGAGUCUGUUCAGCCUCUCAGUUUGGAGAACCUGGCCCUGAGGGGCUGCUGUCAAGAAGCCUGGGUCCUCUCUGGCAAGCAGCAGAUAGCUAAGGAAAACCAGCAGCCCUGACAACAGGUCAUCUCUUGGCCCUGAAAAUCUGUCACCUCCACACUGGAGCCUGGGUGACUUUGAACAGCUGGUGACCAGUCUGACCCUUCAUGAUCCCAACAUCUUUGGUCCCCAGUGAAGGUGCUGAAGCACUGCAUGAUGUUGCUGAGAACUUGGGGACUCGGUUCUGUGAGGGGGAAAAGAGGUUGAAAAGAGAGUUUCCUCUCAUUUCUUCCCUGUGCAUAAACAUAAGACAAUCCCUCUUCAGAAUAAACUUGCUUUAUCAU